AGCAUAGCAGACAUGGCUACCACAAGUGCACAUGCUGCUCAUCACUUCACCGGAAAGACGAUCGUGAUCAAGCUGGGCACAUCUUCAAUCCUAUCAGAAACAACUCAUCAACCAAAAUUGUCCAUAUUAUCCUCACUUGUAGAAACAUGUCAUGAACUCCGCAGUGCUGGCCAUCGAGUUGUGCUGGUAUGUUCAGGUGCGAUCGGAAUGGGAAAGGUACGGAUGGGUUUCAUGAAGCCUGGAUCAACUUCCACCGGCAGAGGAACGAUUGGAGAAAGGCAAGCAUUAGCUGCAAUGGGACAAUUGCGUUUGAUCGCAUUGUGGGAUACACUAUUUGGAGAAUUAGGGAUCAAUGUCGCUCAAGUCUUGCUAACACGCAAUGAUAUUGCUGAUCGACCAAGAUUCAUGAAUGCUCAAAAUACUCUACGGACUCUGUUAUCACCUCCCUUCAAUGCAAUCCCAAUCGUGAACGAAAACGACACUGUGUCCGUCUCAGAAUUGAGAUUUGGUGAUAAUGACACAUUGAGUGCCAUCACUGCAGGUCUGGUUGAUGCAGACUUUCUAUUCUUGCUUACGGAUGUUGAUGGUCUGUAUACUGGCAAUCCGCGCAAUGACCCUCGAGCAAGAAGACUAGGUGUGGUGGGAAAUGUCGGCAAAGUACGAAAGAUUGUUAAUGUGACAAGCUUGGGAAGCAAUUUUGGCACGGGUGGAAUGAUGACAAAGUUGAUUGCUGCAGAAUUGGCAACAGCUGCAGGUGUGGCUACGGUGAUCAUUAAUGGGAAUAUACCCACCAACAUUGUCAAAGUGGUGGAAAAAGGUGUUCCUGUAGAGGUGACAACCGGCACUACGGAAACAGAAUCAAAAGAAGCCGUGACGGAUCUUACGACAUCAAUCUCAUCUCUGGAUUUGGAGCAUGAACGGGACACAAUUGGAGCGCCAGCAAUUGACAACCCUCCUCAUACGAUCUUCUUGCCUGUCAGACACCCCUUGAAAUCACGCAAAUGGAGUAUUCUGCAUGCUCUUCAUCCUGCAGGAACAGUGAUCAUUGAUGAAGGCGCAUAUGAGCGAAUCAGCCGACCAGAAAGCGGUGGCAGAUUGCUAGCAGCGGGUGUGGUGGGCGUUGAAGGUACAUGGGAACGCAUGCAAGCUGUAAGAUUGGUCGUUCGAAGGAAGUUGAAGCUGUUGACAACUGAGAAGGGAGAAGUCGUUACUGCUGCUAUUCCAGAACAAGCUGAUCAAAUUAAUGAUCCUGAAGAACAUAUCGGAUCAGGCUCUAGAUCAGCCAGCAGACCUACUUCUGCUAUUCAAACACCACCCAACAUAGACAUUGCAACAGAUGAAGAUGCAAAAAAUACGACAAUUACCGAUUGGGAAUUGAUCGAGAUCGGGAGAGGCCUAGCAAACUACAAUUCGAUAGAAUGUGAACGGAUAAAAGGUCUUAACAGCUCGCAAAUUGUAGAUGUGUUGGGCUAUACCGAGAGCGAUUAUGUUGUGGACGAAUUAGCACUUCAUUUGACCCUACCAUAA